UGGAGAGAUAACGGACAUGUGACACAGACCCACCCACCCCCUCUCCAAGACAAAUAUCAUAUUAUUGUUACAUUCAAUACUGUAGAAUAGGAGAAGACUUGUCACACACACACACACACACACACACACACAGACCAUGCACUUUUGAUAUAACAAAAAAAUAACGAUAAUGUGUCUUAGCCUGUUAACCAAAGUGAAUAGUUUUUUUAUAUACUGGGACUCAAAAACACCCUCUGCCAUCAUUGAUUUGAUUCAAUAUUUAAUAUGUUACCGUUAGCAAUCAAUAUUUAAUAUGUUACCGUUAGCAUACAUGAUCAGUCAAAUGUUAUUGUAGAGGAAAUGAGAAGCAGUAUUGCACUACCUCAGAACUGUUGUUUGUUAGACUUCUAUAAAGGGACGUGGAUAUUAUGCAUCUUUAAAUGUAUCUGGGGGAACUAACAUGAAAUGACACUAUACAGUAGAUUUACACGGUGUUUAGUUUUUCAGACCGUUUUAUAUUAGUGGUGGUUUAGGUGCCUUUAAAUGAGGAGAAUAAAGGAUCACUUCAUGUCUGGAUGGAGUGAGGUUUAGGAUCUGUGGAUCUGUUCAGAUCUCUCUCUCUCUCCUAUGUUCUCAUGUACAAUGGACACCAACUGAAACGUGUACAACCUGCUAUGACUACAUUCCCACAACCAUAUAUUUGUUUUUCCUCUUCGUUUUCUCUAAUUAAAGAGAGAGCACCGUCAUUGGCAUAUUUGACUCCUGUAGUAUUUGUAUGUCGUAUGUACAGUAUGUAUGUACUGGAAGUGGGUUAUCCAAUCAAUUCCCCAAUUUCUGCCAUUGUUGCACAGAUGAGGGUUUUAUUCUAUUGAUUUUAUGGCAGAUUCAUUUGCCAUUCUGGUGUUAUGUUGUCCAUUCCAGAUGAAAUAGUGUUGGUGUUUUUUCUGUGACCCUACAAAUAAUGUCCAUCCAAUCUAUGAUUCCUAUAAUUUAGCAUUAUUUAUUGCUUACGCAUUCAAACCGCAUAAUCUACUACAAUGUAUGGUGAACACUGCUGGGAAAAAUGACUACUCAAAAACGUAUUAUUGGUGUCUGUUGUCCCACUACACAUCUUGUGACUCACUUGUCCUCUGUUAACUUCUAUUGUUAAUGACCUUGUACUGUGCUGUAUAGAGUGAAUGUUCAUGAUGAUUGAUGAUGAUUGAGGAUGAUAACGAUAUGUGUUUUUCAGCACAGCCCACUGAGAAGUAUAGGACUAGAUGUGUACCAGUCAAUUUCAAAGGGGACUAGUUAGAACAUAACUGGUGAAAAGAUCAGACAAAUUUUGGUAAUGACACGUGAUUUAUGACCUGAUGAAAAUAACUGGUGCAAAGUAAAUCUAGUCCUUUAAGUGUCAAAUCUCUGUAUGAUCAGUGUUGGUUACUCUUGGGCUAUUUUUUUAAAUUGAAAUAUAUUGGGAAAACAAAUGGAUGUUUAUUGCAGUUUAUUACGGAAUGAGAAUGUGUGUUUUUACUAAUUAACAAACAUUAUCGUUUUGAGUACAGUUGUAUCCAGCUUUGAUACAGUAGCAAGCCCGUAGCUACUUGCAUGUCAUCGCCCACGCGCAUUAUUUCCUACAUCAACUGUUUGCGCGACUCUAUCCUCGUUCUGGUUGAGAUUUGUGAAAAUAUACAUUUGUGGCAUUAUUACAUCAAGGAAAGUUGUCUGGCAACGCAAAGAUGUGGAAGUCAGUGGUGGGACACAACGUGAGCUUAAAGGUUGCAGAGGGGGACGACUGGGAGACCGACCCUGACUUUGAGAAUGAUGUGUCAGAACAGGAACAGAGAUGGGGGGCCAAGACCAUUGAGGGGUCUGGUCGAAAAGAACACAUCAGUGUAUCAGAGCUGAGACAGAAGGUGUCCCAGGAGCAUGAGGUGGGGAAGCAGAAGGAGCGAGCGGAGGCUCCCAAGGCCUCUUAUGGUUACGGGGGGAAGUUUGGAGUGGAGAAAGACCGCAUGGACAAGGGGGCAGUGGGGCAUGGCUACGUGGCGCAGGUGGAGCAGCACUCAUCCCAGACCGAUGCAAAGAGAGGAUUCGGGGGGAAAUUUGGAGUGCAGAAAGACCGUGUGGAUAAGUCUGCCAUGGGUUUUGAAUACAAGGGAGAGGUGGAGCAGCAUACAUCUCAGAAAGACUAUUCAAAGGGUUUUGGAGGGAAGUAUGGGGUGGAGAAGGAGAAAGUGGACAAGGCUGCUUUAGGUUACGACUACAAGGGAGAGACCGAGAAACACCAGUCUCAGAAAGACUAUUCCAAGGGUUUUGGGGGGAAGUUUGGGGUGGAGAAGGAGAAAGUGGACAAGGCUGCUUUAGGUUACGACUACAAGGGAGAGACCGAGAAACACCAGUCUCAGAAAGACUAUUCCAAGGGUUUUGGGGGGAAGUUUGGGGUGGAGAAGGAGAAAGUGGACAAGGCUGCUUUAGGUUACGACUACAAGGGAGAGACCGAGAAGCAUGAGUCACAGAAAGACUAUGCCAAGGGCUUUGGGGGACGCCAUGGCGUCCAGACAGACCGCAUGGAUAAAAGUGCAGUGGCCUUCACAGACAUGGAAUCCCCUACCUCUGCCUAUGAGAAGACAAUACCAUUGGAGGCAUCAAGUGCAGGGGCAGGCAACCUGAAGGCUCGCUUUGAGAACUUGGCUCGGUCAUCAGACGAGGAGAACAGAAAGCGAGCGGAGGAGGAGAGAGCCAGGAGACAGGCUAGAGAGAAGAGAGAGCAGGAGGAGGCACGACGCAGACAACAGGAACAGAACAGCAGGGAGGAGGAAGCAGAGCAGCAUCAGCCUCCACCUGUUGAAGAGCAGAGACCUCCACCUGUUGAAGAGCAGAGACCUCCACCUGUUCCAGAGACCAACAGGAAGCCCCAACCACCACAGCUGCCCACUGCCAGGGCAGUGCCUCAGAUACCAAGAGAUGAACCUGAGCUAGUGGAGGAAGAGGAGGAGCCAGACUAUGACCAGCCCCCGUGCCUGCCCCCACGGUCAAGUGACCUGCUGGAGGCGGAGCCACCUCAGGAGCAGACCCCAUCAGAACCAGAGCAGGAGGAUGAGGGAGAGUAUGAGGAUAUCUCACCAAUACCUUUCUUCCCAGAACCUGUUCUAGCUGUGGAUAAUGACUAUGAGGACCUGACAUGCGGUCAGACAGCAGUGGCCAUUUAUGACUACCAGGGAGAGGCAGAUGAUGAGAUCUCCUUCAACCCGGAUGACAUCAUCACCAACAUAGAGAUGGUGGACGAAGGCUGGUGGAAGGGACACUGUCACGGACGCAUUGGACUUUUCCCUGCUACAUUCGUGAAAAUGAUGUAGUGAGUGUGCCUAUACAGUCUCCAACACAGACAUAUACCUGAGCCCAUAGGACCUGUGGGUCUUUUCACAGGGGGGACAUCAGCAUAUUGAUCCUAUUAGACAGGUAUAGUUUGAUUGUACCAUGGGAGCAUCUCAAUUGCAUACUCCUCUAUCCUCACUUUCUUAAUACCCAUUGGAGGGCAGAGGGGAGGGACCUCUGGCUUUCUCAUCCAAUGGGUUUUGAGGUGAGGCGAGAGGACGCAAGGAGUAUACAAUUGAGAUUCUCCCCAUGUGUUUUCUAGUCAAUUGAUUUAUAUCCGGUCAGUAGUCAUGAUAUAUAAUGGAUAGUCAUUGUGCUUCAUACUGCUCAGGGUGGGAUGCAGCCCUUCCCCUUAUAAACGCUGAUUGCUAAAUGUUCCAGAAUAUUCUCAUACACUUGCAUUUCAAAGGAUUAUGAAAGUCAUUUAGCUAUGGAAUGUUUUGUUUAAAAACAAUAAUGAUUAACUACAGAGAAUUGUAUUUUGGCUAUUGAUGGAAUCCUUAACUUGAAUUACAUUGUCAUACUUUGGAAAAGCAUCAUAUCUGAAACACCAGGUUAAAAAGGUCAUUUCUAGAAUCAACUGCAUGUAAUCAAUCAAAUGUAUUAAUGUACAGAAACACAUUUAUUUACUGUGUGACAGCCAGAAUAUGAUAUGGACAGUUUGUUGCAUGUAUAAUGAAUGUCUUUGUAACUAUGGGCUAGGCUACAGAAAAAGGAGCAAAUCAAACAAGAAUGGAGCUACCAACAACAGGUAGUAAGUAGUAGCAUUAUUAAGGUAAAAUGUAAAGAAUCUACCAUCUUCUGUAUACCACAGCAAUAAGAAAACAUGGCUUUCAUUCAAGUGAAGUUUGCCAAUGCAGUAUUAUACCAUUGUGCCCAACACACAACUCUGUUUCCUUUCAUACAUUAAAAUGAGCUUACAGACAAUGGGUUGCACAAUAUAGAUCCUUUGCCUCAUAUCACCAUUUAACUUGAACAAG